AUGGAACGAUAUAGGAAACUUUGGUGGACCGAAGAAAUUGACCACUUAUACAAGCUCCUCUUAUACUUUAGUUAUAUAUUUGGAUUUAUUUCAAUCUUUUCCAGAGCAAUGAUUUUUUUAUGAACUCAGAAUGUUGCUGUAAAAGAAACUCUAAUUUUCCCAUCAUUUCACAUCGCUAUGAUAAUAUUCCUUAAGUUUUCUGAAAGAUGAGGCGCGGUAGGCAUUCAUUCUUUCACUAAAUUAUUAUAGAGAAGCUCGACCAGCACAGUAAUUGAUUUCAUGUAACUUAGUUCGCAGCCCCCCUUGCUCACCAGUCUGAUUACACAGCUUAAGACUUGUAUGGCUCCCUCUGACGAGGGCCUGCACUUGCUAUCUGGAGGUAAAGACGUUGGGUCACUGUACAGUACGUCGAUUGCUACCCUUCUCGAAAAUUUAAAAGCGAGUUUUCUGGUCAGACUUUCGACCAAGAUGAAACUUGUAGCCCAGGCUGCAACUCUAGGAAAAUGCUCGAUUGGUCAAGCGAACGCCCUCCAACCUUUUUGGGCUAUCUCUUUCUAGCUUCCAAGUCCCGUCAUCCCUCAGGGUAAAACCUUGCCCUGGAAUUGAGUCUGCGGUAGGCCAGUCAUUGCUCUCCAUCAGACCAAGUAAAACUAGGAGGACGCUGCUAUCCCUACCAUAAGAUCCCCAUACCCUCAUUUGGCUACAGGUGUUAAGAGAGUAGGCUAGCUCUCCACGCCAUUUUUAUGUGUGAACGUGGUAGGCAAGAAUACAGCAGCAAUGAUAUCUACUGAAAUUUACAAUAUAGUUUGUUUAAUUUCUAAAUUCUUUAUGGCAAGUCAAAUGGCCACUGUUUUUCAAUCUUUUUCAUUCGUCCUGAUGACUCAUUUACAACUUCCUAUGAUCAGAAACAAGUAUCUGCUGAACUUCAUUCUUUUCAAGUAUAUUUACACCUGAUUCAUACACGAUAUGAUUUUUAACUCAGCAGAGAUGACGGUUUUCCAGUUCAAUACUAUUCUUGCAAUUAUAGUCCUUAUCAAUGUCGGGAUAUAUUAUAACUCUCCCCCCCCCCCUCCGUGAGCGAACAAAAAAUUUUGUUCGCUCACGGAGGGGGGUUAAUUUUUUUUUUUAAAAAAAAAUUUUAUAUAUAAAUUUUAUAAAAAAAUAUUUUUUUCGAAAUUUAAAAAAAUCCUAAUUUGCAAAAAUUGGGAAGCAAAUAUUAAUUUAAUUUGCAAAAUUUAUGUUUUAAAACGCAAUUUGUUUAAAAUUAAACAGAAUUAGCUCUAGAUUUCAUUAUAAUAAUUAUCACUUAUAUAUCAAAAUUUUUUUCCAUUAAAAUUUUUUCUAUUAAAAAAAUUUUUGUUCACUCACGGAGGGUGAGUUUUUGGUCAAAAAAUGGCGAUUUUUCUAAUGGUUUUGUUCGCUCACGGAGGGGGGGGGGGGAGUAAAGCAGAAACUCGCCUGUGAGAGAUCCAUUUAUUUGCACGAGAUCGAAGAUUCUAAAGACCGGUUUAAGAUCAUUUCCCAAGCGUUUUCUGAUGGGAUUGUGGUAAUCUCAUCAAGCUAUGAAAUCGAGUUCAUUAACGAUAACAUCCUAAAGCUGUUAAAUUGCAGUCAAGAAGAAAUUUAUUCAGAACUGUCAAGUUUUAAAUUCUGCCCUGAUAGAAAAGUAUCAGAAUUUGAAAUUUCUGAUUUUCUGAUUGACCACAUUAAUUACGCAUUUAAUCAUCUGGAUUCUUCAGAAAUUACUUUAGGAAUCACUCGGCUAAAUAAUGUAUAUCUUCAAUGAAAAGUGAGAAGAAUUGUAUGAGAAAAUCACAACUCUCUAUUUUUGACAGUGAGAAAUGUAAACCGAAUAAUUGAGCUUGAAAAACGAAUAGCUGACGAUAACAUGAAGACUGUUCUGCUAAGAUCGGUUUCUCAUGAACUGAGAACACCUCUUAACGCAAUAUGCUUUUUUGUUAAUGACCUCCUAAAUAAGCCACAUAUAACCAAAGACAGUGACGAGUACAAUAACCUCAAAAUCGUUUCUAUUUCUUCAAAACUCAUGCUCUCUCUUAUUGACGAUUUAUUGGACUACUCAAAAAUGCUGGCUGGGGCUUUUUCUAUAAAAAAAAUCCAUUGCGACUUUCGGCAAAUUGUGUCGAAUGCUUUUGAAUUGAUCAGCUUGCAGGCUAAAAAGAAAAAAAUAAGCUUAAUAUGCAGGAUUGAUCCAUUAAUACCUGAAAGAAUUUAUACAGAUCCUUUGAGGCUGAGCCAGGUCUUAUUGAAUCUAUUAAGCAACGCGCUAAAAUUUACAUUGUCCGGGUCAAUAGAAAUUUGCUGUGUGCUUGGCUGCAAAAACCAGCUGAAAAUUUAUGUAGAAGAUACUGGUAUUGGAAUGACUGAAGAGGUGAAGCAAAAACUGUUCACUGAGUUUAGUACUAAUAAUAUCCCUAAUAUUAACCCUCAAGGAUGUGGGCUGGGACUCUGCAUUUCUAAUAUCUUGUCAAAAGCGCUAGGAAGCGGCCCUAUUAAAGUAAAGUCAACCCAAAGCCAAGGCUCCACCUUUAAAUUUUCUAUUGACAUUUUUGAAGAACAUCUGGCAUUUUCAAGGUGAGAAAAAAUAGCGGAAAUUGAGGAAGAAAGCAUUAGCCAUUUUGACGUGAUUCCUUAUAUAACUGCUACACUAAGAGAACCUAUUGAUGUUUUGAUAGUGGACGACAAUGAGUUUAAUAGAGCUGUUUUAGGAUCAAUUUUAUCACAGCUUAAUAUCUCAUAUCAAGAGUCCUGCGAUGGAAAAGAAGCGAUCGACAAGAUUUUAGCCUACGACCAGACUUCGAAAAUGUACAAGGUCGUAAUUAUGGACUGCUGCAUGCCUGAUAUCAAUGGUUAUGAAGCUACAAAAAUUCUUGUAAAUUUGUAUAAGGAUAAGAUUCUAAAGAAGCUGCCGAUAAUAGUUGGAUAUUCUGCUUAUAGCUCUGACGAAGAUCGAAAUGCCUGCUUUGAAUGCGGCAUGGUAGACUGUAUGCCAAAGCCUUGUCCCCCUGGCACUUUGGCAAAUAUUAAGGUUAAGAUUAAGUUGUGGUGGGUAUUUAUAGUCCUCACUUCCUGAAGUACAGUGCAUUCUGAGGCGAACACCUGAAAGUGUGCUCUUUCAAGACAGGUUGGCUGGGCUGAGGUCCCGGUUUCUCAAUAGAGGCAUUUUCCCUCCUGAUCUGGCUUAAACCAGAUUUUGCCGAGAAACCUCCAUUUCCAACCGAAGUGCAAAGAUUGCCCAAUACAGUGUAUAGAGGUUUCCUCUAUAUAGCGCUAAAAGCGCAGACAUUUUCCCAGGAGCUUUCCAAGUUCGUCGAACCAAAUCGCUUUUUGGUCCGACCAAGGCAUUGAUUUGGUGCAACCUACCGAUAAAUUCCGAUCAGAAUUUAUCGGCCUUACAGCGCCAAACAUAGGAAACUUCUAUAGCUUAGGCCGGAUCGUCCCCAUUGAGGGAACCUUUUAGACUAGAGAGAUUAACCCUGAAAUCUUCGUCUGGCCUGUCUUUCCUUUUUUCUCCAGAUUAUCUAUCUCUGAGGAAAAAAAAUCAAUGCGCUUGCAGAGAUUCGGGACAUCCACAAAAGCAGCUUAGGCAGGUAAGUCGCACUGCCUCAAUCCGACACCAGUUUAGGGCUUGGGAGCUUCUGGCAAAAAAAUUUGCAAAAACUGCCGCUUGAGCUAGGCCACUAAUUAGCGGAAAUAGUACUCAGCCUAUCGCUUUGAGGAUAACCUACCCUGGGCAGCUAUUUGUACCAAAAACCAGUCUGGAUAUGUAUAAUGGCACCUACCACAGGGAGGGAAAAGUCACUCGUCACAGGCCAUUUUAUGGCAAAUAUAAUAAAGAAAUAUUUGUAA